AUGGGAGUUCAACGCCUCCGUAUCGGAAUGGCCGGUCUUGGCCGAGUCGGAAAGUUUCACGCCAUGAACUUCCUAGAACGAACACCUCGUGCUGAGUUGGUGGCUGCUUUUACCCCAGACACCAAUGAGUUGGCUUGGGGAAGAGUGAAUCUCGAGCCACACGGAGUCACUCUCUAUGACAACUAUGAUGAGAUGUUGAAGCACCCGGGCCUUGAAGCCGUGGCCAUUGGCACUGCUACUUCGGUGCAUGCUGAAGAGGCUAUUAAAGCCAUUGAACAGGACCUGCAUGUCCUGUGUGAGAAGCCUCUCUCCAUCGAUAUUGAAGUGUGCAAAGCUGUGGUAGCAGCAGCUAAGAAACGCCCGCAUCUGAAAGUCAUGUGUGGCUUCUCGCGUCGGUUUGAUGAAUCGUACCGAGAGGCAUACGCAAAGAUGGAACUUGGUCUGAUCGGAAGGCCCUCCAUCAUUCGCUCUCAAACCUGCGAUAGGUAUGACCCCAAGACUUGUCAAUUCUUCGUGGAUUAUGCUGCGUGGUCCGGCGGAGUCUUUGUUGACAUGGCCGUUCAUGACAUUGAUCUUACCCUUUGGUUCUUCGGCGACGACGUGGUUCCCAAGAGCAUCUCCGCUCACGGCAUUACCGCGGUGCAGCCCGAGCUUCAAAAACACCAGGAUUAUGACAAUGCAGUCGGAAUUGUCGAGUUCUGGAACGGUAAAAUUGCCUACUACUACUGCAGUCGCAUGAUGGCCCAUGGACAGGAAGAUACCACUGAGAUCAUCGGUACGGAGGGCAAGCUCGCCGUCAACAACAACCCUCAGAGUAACCUUGUCAGCCUUUAUCAUACCGGUGGAAUCACUCGUGAGGUCCCGCCCAACUUUAUGGGACGUUUCGGUGCUGCUUUUGCCACAGAGGCCAACGAGUUCACAGCCGCCUGCCUUGACAACACCCCGCUUCCUAUGAAGCUCACCAAUGCUGUCAAGGCAGUUGAGAUUGGUGCGGCCCUGCAGGAGGCGCUGAGAGCCGGAAAACAGAUUCACUUUGACCAGAUCGGACGGCGCAUUGAAAAGGCUCAGCUGUAA